CUCGUCGAGUAUCGAAGUGUGCGAUAUGCAUGUUCAGGACGCGUCAGUGUGCUUACGAGAGACAGGGUCAAGGGGAGGCCGUCGAGCCCAAAGCCUCCCUACAGGCAUUCAGCGAUAACGAAGCCAGACGCAAUAUUUGAUAACGAACGACUGGCGUCGGCAUUUGGAGAGCGCAGUGCAGAAAACAAAGAGGCCUUCGGGACGAUAUUUCGGGAUAGCGUCAACUUCCUCGUGAUCGGUGACUUCGUGCCGAGGGCUUUCACAUGAUGGAGGCCGUUGCAUUUCCCACGCCGCCGGAGCCCACGGCGCCAGAAGCAGCUUCCAAAACGCUCGUCGAGAGCCCAUCGGCAGCCGAUACUUCGCCGAGUGAUUACAUGGGACCCACGGAGAAUGGGAAGGACGAAGAAGAUGGAAGCCCAACGGAUGCGACGGAAGCGCAGAGCGGGAUUUCUGUGGAGGGAGGGGACGGGAUUGCCCAGGGAAAAGUAGCAGCAGAGGACCUCGUCAGCGUAAGCGACGGUGUCCCAGCGGUUACUCGGAAAUCGCCUGCGCCUGCGGAACUGGGCACGCCCAGAAGCCCUGCAAAAGAUACGCAAAAUGGAGUUACAGAGAAGGCCAAGGUUUCCACGUCCAAAGCUGUUUCGUCUACUGGUGGCCCAGUCUUCAAACCACGAACUACGAGUCUCCAUCCCAGCAUCAGUGCUACGCAGCCGUCGUCUCCAGUGAACCCAACGCCAGAAACGAAUACGUGGAGUACAUUUCUGAAGUCUCAUGCCACGAUGUUGGGGAUAUCAUAUCCGUUUGCUCAAGACGACGAUGAGUCUGGAACUGUCUCCGGUCAGAAUGGCACAGAUCGCCCGUCUCGACACAUCGUGCAGGGAGCACAUCGGCCAUCCCGACCUGAUGCCCUCCUAUCCAACUUGGAUCCAGAAUCCGCCGAGUUUCUUCUAGCCAGGUUGGACAUCGAGAACCAAGCUCUUGCGCUGAACCCCAAAACCAUAUACGUGGAAGACGGAAACGUCCGCGGCUAUCAACCAACGCUUUCCGCUCUAACAACAGAGCUAAACUCCUACUCAACAACAGCACCGGGCGACAUGGACAAAGGGGACACGGAGUUCUGGAACUCCAUCGUGGAGGGCUACGGCACAAUCGUGCAUAAAAUCCCGCACCUGCUCACAGCGCGAAUCCGCGGUGGAAUCCCACCGCAUCUCCGCGCAAAAAUCUGGACUACCAUGUCCGGAGCGCAAGUCGAGCACUUUGAAUCACUGUAUCCUCUCCUGCUCAAGGAGGAGAGCCCUUACGAGAGGAUAAUACGGCGGGAUAUCCCGAGGACGUAUCCGAGGCUGGAUAUGUUCAAGGAAGAUGGUGGAGAAGGGCAGGAAAAACUGUUUCGCUUGUUGAAGGGAUAUAGUAUCUACGACAGCGAAGUGGGCUAUUGUCAAGGGCUGAGUUUCGUGGUUGGGCCACUAUUGUUGCAAAACAUGUCUGAAGUCGAGGCAUUUGCAGUUCUCGUACGACUCAUGGAGGACAAGAAACCAACCACGUCCAGAUCACCACCAGACUCUCAUCGAGUCUAUGGCCUGCGCACGCUCUUCGAACCCGCCAUGUCCGGUCUGCACAAAGUCCUUUUCCAGCACACCGAGCUCGUCCGCGAGCAUCUCCCAAAGCUCCACGCGCAUUUCCAAACCUGCGGCAUCACGGCCGCAAUGUACGCCUCCCAAUGGUUCCUCACCCUCUACACCUACAAUUUCCCUCUCUCAUUCGUCUUCCGCAUUUUCGACAUCAUCUUCGCCGAAGGAGCGAUCGAAACAAUGCUACGCUUCAGCAUCGCGAUAUUGAAGAAGAACGAGCCGCUAUUGCUGAAAGAGGAGGAGUUUGAGAAUGUUUUGGAUGUGUUGAAGGGCGACCGGUUGUUUGCGGCGUAUAAUAAUGACGCCGAGGCGGUGGUGCAGGAUAUGCAGGAUGUGCAGGAUCUUGUGAGCGCAAGCAUACUGGUGGAGCUGAGCAGCAGGUUCACAGCCGACCAAGACUCCCGCGCAAAAACAGUCACCGAAACCGAGCUCCUCGGCCUUCAAGCCCUGAUCAAACAGCUCAGAGCCGACAACACCCGCCUCCACCAAAACGUGACGCAAACCCAGCAAGAAAAGGCAAAAAUGCAAUCGGAUAUGAGGGAGCUUCGCCGCAAACUCGAGGAAACCGACCGCGAUCUUAUGGAGAAGGAUAAUGAGUGCCGGCAGCUGAAAGGCCGGUUGGCGAAGCUGGUUUCUUCUUCCGGCGAUCCGCAAACGUCUACGGGCACUGUAAAUGACGGCGUGCUAUGA